GCAAACAUUUCAUUGCAUUGUUGGCAUAGGUGAUUGGUAGGUGGCGGGGUCCUAAGACUCCAGACACAGAAGGACACGGUUCUAACCCCAACACCACACACAAGAAUCAGUGGAGUUCUCCAAGCCUGGGAUUCUUCCUUUUUACAACGCAAGGAGUACUUUACAAAUUUGGGAGCAAAAUGUGGAACUUCAAUUAACAUCGAUUCCCCUUCCUAGAGCUCCUCCUUAGGAUGUUGAAAACGAUGUAUAUUGUUAUUCUCUGCAAACAGGCAAGUUCCACAAUCAGUCAAAUUCAAUAAGUAUUGCUAGAGUUGGAAUAAUAAACACUGAUAUUUUUAGAAGAAUCUUCACAUUUAAAUAUCAAUUUUAUCCCGGUGUCUCGCCCUUCUCUAGACAAAUGUAGCGUUACUGCCCCUUUUUUAUAAAUGAGACUGUGGUCAGAAGACCAAUUAUCUCCGACAACCCACAGGCACAAAACUAGAGACCACAGAAACCAGCGACUCUGGACCCCGGCGAGCAAACAGGAAAGAGUCAGAAACCCAGCGCCUUUCCCCGCCCCCUGGCCUUUCAGUUUCCUGAAACGCUCGGGAAAGUGAUAUAUAAGGAGCUGCAGCCAGCGCUGCGCACAGCCGUGUGACGGGCGUUAGGUCUCAGCAAUGUCGGGACGCGGCAAAGGUGGCAAGGGACUCGGCAAGGGCGGCGCCAAGCGCCACCGCAAGGUGCUGCGCGACAACAUCCAGGGCAUCACCAAGCCCGCCAUCCGGCGCCUGGCCCGGCGCGGCGGCGUCAAGCGCAUCUCCGGGCUCAUCUACGAGGAGACCCGCGGGGUGCUCAAGGUGUUCCUGGAGAACGUGAUCCGGGACGCCGUCACCUACACGGAGCACGCCAAGCGCAAGACGGUCACGGCCAUGGACGUGGUGUACGCGCUCAAGCGCCAGGGCCGCACCCUCUACGGCUUCGGGGGCUGAGCCUCCCCGCCGCGCGCUCCCGAGGCCCCGGCUGGUUCCCAAAGGCCCUUCUCAGGGC